AUCAAUAAUGGCGACUGGAAAACAACCAAAGGAUUGUAAUCAAUUAACUUCCAUAAUCAGAAGAAAAUCCCCAAGACUUCUUUCUUCUUCUCGAGCUUCAUCAACUCCUGAAGCCAAGCCAAUUUUGAAUAAGAAGAAAAAGAGCAGAGCAGCAUCGGUGAAUUCAGAAAAGUCAAUAGUUCUUUCCAUGCAUUUGGAGAAUGAAGAAGCAGAGGCCAUCCCUUUACAAAUCUACGACCCUAAUUUGGAAGUAAAGUGCUUAAGAAGAUCGCCAAGGUACACUACUAAUAAGUACAGAAGUAGCUCUGAAAGUAAACUUCUUGCAUUGCCUUCAUCUGCUUCAACAACUCCUGAAAUUCAGAGAAGGAGCUCUCCAAGAUUCCUUUCAAAGGGAAAGAGUGCAAAUUUGACAGAAAUGGGAGGUGGGUUUUUUGGAGGGUCCAAGAAAAGGCUGCGUUUUGAGGAAAAUCGAAGUGCAUUGCAUGGAUCGGCAAAUGGGUCGGGUUCAAAAAAGGUUAAGGUCGAUUUUGAGCGUUUGAGGAAGUCUCCGAGGUCGAAUAAGAGUUUGGAUGAGGAUGGAAAUGGGAAUUUGAACAGGGGAUUUCUUGCUCUUCCUAAGCCAGGUUCAUCAGGGAAAAGUGAUUUGAGGAAAUGCAAGUUGAGUGGGAAGUCCUUGAGGAAAUCCCCAAGGUUGAAUCCGGACAUGUGUGGGGAAUUGCUGGCAUUGCCUGAGCCAGGUUCGUCAGUUGAAAAGCUUGUUUCGCAUGAGAAGCGGUUGAGGAAUAGAAUCAUAACAAUGCAUGUUGGAAAGGAGAAAGAAAAAGCACAGAAAAGUGGUUCUGAGAGAAUGGACUCUGCAAAGGGAAAUGAAUCGAGUAAUGUGAGUGAAAAGUUGUUAAGGUCUAGAAAAAUUAGGUUCAAAUUGCCUGAAGCUUCGCCUAAAAGUGAGCUAAAAGCUGGUAGUUUUGGGGGCAGUGAUAAAAAUAAUGUGAGUCAAAAGCGGCUGAGGUCUAGGAAAAUAGAGUUCAAAUUAACCCAAAUUUCGCCAAAUAGUGAUUUGGCAGAAAGCUCUUCUGGGGGAAGUGAUUUCGGUGACAUGGGCAAAAAGCGGUUGAGGAAUAAUGGGAUAGAAUUUGAAUUGCCUGAAGCUUUAGAGAAUAACAAUUCUAAUGAUGAAGAUGUAGAUGUGAGUGAUGAUUCUGAGAAAAUUGAGACUGAAUUGGUGGACGUAAGUGCUGUAGAAAAUUGUGAGGUAGCUGUCUUGAGUGAAAAGUUCUUGAGGUCUAGAAAAAUUGCGUAUCAGAUAGUUGGAAAUGAAAAAGUUCAAGAAAAGUCCAAGAAAAGGGGCAUUACAAGAAAUAAAGAACCACCAGUGGAAAAUAAGAUUCUUCAGAAAAAAGAGAGAGAGCAGAAGAGUGUUGCUUUCUUUGUGGGGGAGCCAAUUCCGGAAGAAGAUGCUCGAGAGCGAUGGCGUUGGCGUUAUGAUUUGAAGAGCCAUAGAUCUAAGAAUAAGGGCUGGAUCCUAAAUGCUGGUGAAGAAGACGAAACAAUAUUGAAUGUAGGCUUUCAUUAUGCACAGGCUAAUGUUGAUGGUUGUGUGUUAAGUAUUGGAGAUUGCGCAUACAUAAAGGGUGAAGGAAGGAAGAAGCAUAUUGGUAGGAUUCUGGAAUUUUUUAGAACUACACAAGGAGAGGAUUACUUCAGGGUUCAAUGGUAUUUCAGAGUUGAAGAUACAGUUAUCAAAGAAGCUGCUACUUUUCAUGACGAGAAGCGGAUAUUCUACUCGACUAUGAUGAAUGAUAAUUUGCUUGAUUGCAUUCUCUCCAAGGUCCACGUAGCAGAAAUACCACUCGCAGUAGGCCUCGAACCAGACACUAUUCCACCGGCUGACUUUUAUUAUGAUAUGGAGUACAGUGUGGAAUAUUCAACAUUCCACAACCUGCAGACAGAUAACUCCUACAAGAUUGAUGAUUCACAUUCACUUCAACCUGUUGAAGGUUUCCAUGCUCCAAUUACCGCAACACAUUUGGAGGUUUUCUCUGGUUCUGGGCCUCUCAAAUCAGAGUUGGCCCUAUUGGACUUAUACUCUGGUUGUGGCGGGAUGUCCACUGGAUUGGGGAUUGGUGCCAAGGUCUCUAGUAUAGAUGUUGUGACGAGAUGGGCAGUUGAUCUUGAAAAAUCUGCAUGCGACAGCUUGAAGCUAAAUCAUCCAGAAACUCAAGUUAGAAAUGAGUCUGCCGAAGAUUUUCUUGAGCUGCUGAAAAGAUGGAAACAAUUAUGUGAAUCUUACAUUUUCAAUGACUUAAAGAACCCCCCUGAAGAUGGCACAGAUAACCAGAUAGAAGGGGAAAGCAAUGAAACCUCAAAGUUGGCUAACGAGGACCCUGAUGGAGAAUAUGAAGUUUCAUGUCUAGUUGACAUUUGUUAUGGUGAUCCCAACGAAACAGGAAAGCACGGGCUCCACUUUAAGGUUCGCUGGAAAGGAUAUGGUCCUGAUGAAGAUACAUGGGAGCCAUUUGAAGGGUUAAGCAAUUGUCAAGAACGGAUACAGGAUUUUGUCAGAAAUGGAUUAAGAUCUAAAAUCUUACCUCUUCCAGGUCAUGUUGAUGUCAUUUGUGGAGGACCUCCUUGCCAAGGCAUUAGUGGCUAUAAUCGCUAUCGCAAUGUCGAGGAUCCUUUGACUGAUGAAAGGAAUCAGCAGAUUGUGGUUUUUAUGGACAUAGUGGAAUUCUUGAAGCCCAAGUUUGUCCUUAUGGAAAAUGUGGUUGACAUUUUGAGGCUUGAUGGAGCUUCUCUAGGAAGAUAUGCAUUAAGUCGUUUAGUGCAUAUGAAAUACCAAGCAAGGCUAGGAACUAUUGCCGCUGGUUGUUACGGCCUUCCACAAUUCCGCUUACGCGUUUUUAUAUGGGGUGCACUUCCAAGUGAGAGAUUACCUCCAUUUCCACUUCCUACACAUGAUGUAGUUGUAAGAUAUUGGCCUCCACCAGAAUUUGAGAGGAACACUGUUGCUUAUGAUGAAGGCCAACCUCGCAAACUUGAGGAAGCUGUUUUUCUUCAGGACGCAAUCUCCGACCUUCCAGCUGUCGCAAACCAUGAAUCUCGUGAGAAGAUGGCAUAUGACAAGCCUCCAGGGACUGAUUUCCAAAGAUACAUAAGAUUGAGUAAAGAAGAGAUGAUGGGUUCCACGCCUAUUCAAGUUACAGAAGCAAAAGAGCAGAUGCUAUAUGAUCACAGGCCCUAUCGUUUGAACGAGGAUAACUACCUACGAGUCUGUCAAAUCCCUCACAGAAAGGGUGCUAAUUUUAGAGACCUCCCUGGGGUGAUUGUAGGAGAUGACAAUGUUGUUCAUCGAGAUACAACCAAAGAUACUUUUGUUCUACCUUCUGGGGGGCCAAUUGUUCCAGAUUGUGUCUUUACCUUUGAGAAAGGGAAGUCUAAAAGGCCUUUUGCAAGAUUAUGGUGGGAUGAAACUGUGCCUACUGUAUUAACUUUCCCCCACCACCGGUCCCAGGCUAUUCUACAUCCUGAGCAAGACCGAGUACUCACUGUACGCGAGUGUGCAAGGCUACAAGGGUUCCCAGACUUUUACAGGUUCUGUGGGACUAUUAAAGAAAGAUAUUGUCAAAUUGGAAAUGCUGUAGCUAUUCCUGUUGGAAAAGCAUUAGGAUAUACACUUGGGAUGACAUUUCAAAAUCUCUGUGGUGAUGAACCACUCUUAACCCUACCUUCCAAUUUCUCCUUCCUCCAACCUUUAAAGGAUGAAAUUGUUGUUUUGAGAAAUUGACACUCUUGAUAUGUAUAUUACUUCUAUGUCUCAUAUGUGGCAUAUUACAACAUUUUUAAGGCAAUUCCAAUUCCUUUAGCAUGAUUAGUUUUUCACCCUAGACAUUCAAUUGUUGUUUAAACAUUAUUUGUUCUGUAAUUGAAGAUACAUGAAGAUGCUUCUUUGUAACUAAAUAAUUAGACUCAAUAUUGUGCAAGGAUGUUGCUUUUUUUAGCACAA